UCAUUGGAAAUUGCUCUAGUUUUUAUUCAUUGAAAAGACAUCCAUGAGAACCUGACUGAUAAGCUUUAUGACCUUUAGAAUGGUUCUGAUAAGAGCCCAAAAUGAUUAAAAAUACACACCAUUAAUCCAUUAUUGGCUAAUUGCAUUCAUGAAUACCAAACCAUUCUAGAUAAUGAAAUUGAAGUUUGUGGGCAUGGCUGUGAUAAAGAUAUGUUGUGCAAGAAUUGGAUUGGAUAUUUAGAGUACAAAACUGGUCUUUAUGAGUGUUUAGAUAGGAUUAAGAGGAUGAGAGUAUGAAAGUGCACAAAGAUUAGAAGUGUGGAUGAAACCAUAGAGUGAGUUCAGUAUCUGCCAAAGAACAUGUACUGAAGUGCAUGUGAUGAGUUGUAGUGUGCUGUUCAGCCAGAUUUUGUAGAAAGAACUAAAAUCAUCAUGAAACCAGUGAUUUUUUUUUCUAGUAGACUAUAUGAUUGAGGAAUGUUUGGUAUGAUAUUGUUGCUUGAAUUCUUUAUUACUACUGCUGCUGCUGCGUAAAUUCUGGGGGGAAUAGAAUCGCAACUAAUUAUUAUUUUUUUUUUCAAUUUUGUUAGUUCUUUAUUUUAAGUAUUAUUUAUAUUUCCCGAAAAAUAAGAAUGUGAAAAAUAGAUAACCAUAAUAAUAAUAUUCCUGCCAUGCGCUGCAGCGCUUCAGCCGGAUUGGUGAGAACGCCAGUCACUUGUGGCUUGUGAGCGUGAGAGUUGAGGCGUCGUCUUGUUGACUGUGGGGUGUGAAGGUGACAGCACGGAAGUGACUAUUACCUGAGUAGCACCACAUUACCACUGCUCUGCCCCAGCAAACAGAUCAUUACCACCACAUUAUAGUACUGUGGGAAGGAGCUAACAAGUACCAGGCAGGAUGGUGCCAGAGGAUCACAACUCCUUCAAGGUGCACGAGGCUUCCUACCAAGGCCGCUACGAGGAGGUGAAGGAAAAAGUGCUGAAUAACAACCGUCUUCUCACCACCUUGGAUGACAGUGAACGGCAAGCGCUGCACUGGGCUGCCUGUGGAGGACAUGAAGAACUGGCCAGUUUUCUCAUAGAGCAUGGAGCACCAGUUGAUAAAGCAGAUGAUUCAGGAUGGACGCCCCUCAUGAUUGCUGCUUCUGCUGGCCGCACCCAAGUGGUGAGGAUGCUGAUUGGCCGUGGCGCCAACACUAAUGCCCAGAACACUGGAGGUCACUCAGCUUUGCAAUAUGCUGCUUCCAAAAACCACCAUGAGAUUGUGUCAAUCCUGAUGGACAACUGGUCUGACGUGAAUCUGCAGGAUAAGAGAGGUGCCACAGCCCUGCACCGGGCUGCCUCCAAGGGAAACAUUCAGUCCAUGACACUACUCCUGCAGAGUAACCAGUGCUCCAUCAAUGUACCAGACUCUGAAGGCAACACUCCUCUGCAUCUUGCAUGUGAAGAGGAGCGGCUUGAGGCUGUCCGACAGUUGUUGGAGAGAGGUGCCAUCACUGAUAAGGUAAACCGAGAAGGGAAAACUCCAAUACAGAUGACAUCCUGUUUGUCAAUCAGAAGACUGAUGCGCAUGAAUGAAAUGUGAUUGUUUUAAAUAUCGGUCUUUAAUUCAUAGAAUAAGGAGAGUUCAGUAAAUACUCCUAAAGUUACCUAAGUUGAAAUUUAUUUUGAGAUCUAUGGAAUAUUAAAGUCAAGACUACAUACCAUUACUUUGCAUAUAUAUAUAAAGAUAAUGUUACACA